UCGACGCCCAGGAAUCGGACGUGAGAAGGGAGCGCAGCCCGGAAAAAAGUAGAGGAAAAAGAUAAAGGGAAAUCCCCCUCGAUAUCACAAGGAUAUGCCUUGGCAAGGACCCCGUUUGCUGUGGCUGCACUGCCGACGGAACUGGCGGAGAUGUGGAUAUGGAAGUGCGUCUGGAAGCCCAAGAAUCCAGCUCUCAGUUGCUUGGAGUCGGUAUCAAAGGAUCCCGUAAUUCGAACGGUCGCGUGGGAGUAGUUCUUAUCGCUACUCCCUGCUAUUAUAUCUCUCAAUGAACCUAAAGAAUAUCAUAGCAACAUCAUAUCAAUCCAUAUCGAUAUAAAAUCUAUGAUUAGCAAAUUGUUUUUAUUGUGGUAUUGUUUUAAAUUUAUAAUGGAAAUUAAAUGUGAUUUUAUGUAAAUAAAAUAAGUUACUUAAAAUUAA